GCAGGGAUAUACGCAGGCUAUGCUUUACUCCCUUUACGCAAACUGCGUAAAGCUGGUGCUGCAGGUUUAUUUAACCUAUUUUCUGUAUUACUUACAAAAAGGUCAUUUUAAAUGCAAAUACUUAUUUUGUCGCAACUAUCCAUUUAACAGAAAUAUAGUGACAAUUAAUGUUUACAAGGUGUAGCCUAUGGUUUGGUUGGGGGACCAAACUGGAAUGUGUUUUGGUGCAAAAAUACUAAUCUACACAGGAAUUUUCUUCCAAGAUGUCGAAUAAGUCCAAGAAGAAGAAGAAGGAGAAAAGGAAGCCCUCCAGUGAGGACAAAGAGGACUCAUCACAAAAACAAGGGGGCUCUAAAAAACACAGUCUACCUGAAAGGAAGCAACAUGGCUGCUGUUUUACAGAGGACAAAACAGGGAAAGAGAAAGGAGCUAGCCACUUUACCACAUGGAAUAGCACAGCAGGAAACAGUCAAAAGAAAGACAGAGAAAUCAAAAAGGCAUUCUACAGACUGGGGAAAGCAACAACGUCACAGGGUUCAGAGGGAAAGUCCACCUGUCCUCUUGACACUCUUCAUCAGGACAUCAGGAAGACUGAGAAUAUGACAGCUACUUCAGAUGACCAGACAGUAGACCGAGGGUAUUCCAAAACCGUCAGCAGUCAGGAUAACAAAAUAAAACUGUACCAAAGUGGGGAGAAGAGUCCAGAAAUUCAGGGAUGUUCUAGGAAGUUUUUACCCGAGAAGAAUCCGGUCACAACAACUUUGAGCAGAUCCUCAACCAGCCACGAGAACCCUUCAUCCUUCUUUGCCCAUCCAAAGGAGCAGAGUAGGAUGCAAUUGAAGAGGUGUAGACCAGUCGAGGAGCCUGACCCCGGGAAGGAAAAGACCUUCCAAACUAGUCUUUCCCAUGACCCCCAGAUAUCCCUCUCAUUGUCUGAGGAACCGGGGGAGAAGAGGAGGAAUCUAGUGAGGAGGAGAUCUGAAGAGGUGUCGGAAACCCAAAGGCACCAAACUGGUAGAAAGUCCCCUGGUUUUUCCUCUGACAAAACCACUAGGCACUCUUAUACCUCUCCUAAAAUCAAUACCUAUGAGAAAAAACCUAAUAAAUUAAAUCAUAUGCCUAUCACUCAAAAGCGAGAGUAUGUUCCUGAGCUGUCCAAAAUAUCCAAGACAUUUAAGUCCACGUGUGCCAAGGUAGAGAAGUCACUAACCAAACCUAAGACGCAUUUCAUUUUUAAGAUCCCAAAGAAGACCAAAACUGUGCUACCUCCAGUCAAUAAUGCCAUUUGGGGAGAUGACCAGGAGGAUUGUAAACCCAUUAGUACUAGUACUAGUGCUGAGGUGGUUAUUACUGGUUCCAAGUUUUCUCGUCAUCCAGGGAGUGCGUCCAGAUUUUCAGACUCCAAAGACCGCAGUUCUGCUGCUGUCAACAGAACCCAGCAGCAGAGAUUUGACACAGUUCCAGAAACAUCCAAAGGUUCAAAAAAAGGCUCAAUGGCCCCUGUACAGCCCAGCUCAUCCAAAGCAAUUACAUUUUCCUGUAACAGACCAACAUCCACAAAAGACAAUAUAGAUUUGUAUGAUAAUGACCAAGAGAUGCAGCUGACGGAGGAGCUCCAUCUGGCCCGCAGUGAAAGGAGGCUAGAGCUCAAUGUAGUAACAAGCUAUGGAGAGCUCACCCGCAUGGACAUUGACACACCAGAGGGGGGCGCCACACUCAGUAAGGCCGAAGAUGACCGUAAGCAGGAUCUUAUCAUUGUCAUGGACACCAACAUCCUCCUGAGUCACCUGGACUUCGUCAAGAUAAUGAGGUCACGUGGUCUUGGGGCGCUAGGCCUUCCAACGGUGCUGGUGCCUUGGGUGGUACUGCAAGAGCUUGACUCUCUGAAGAAUGGGAAGAGGCUAUCUAGCUCGGUAGCCCAAUUGGCUACUCCUGCCGUUCAUUACAUCUACACCUGCCUGAAAACCCAGAAGCCUCGCCUCUGGGGCCAGUCCAUGCAGCAGGCCUCUCAGAGCAGCUAUGGACUUAAUGCUGAGAACAAUGAUGACAGAGUGCUGCAGUGCUGCCUGCAGUACCAGAGCCUUUACCCAGAGAGGGCGGUGAUCCUCUGCACUAAUGACAAGAACCUGUGCAGUAAGGCCAUUCUGAGUGGGGUGAAGGCCCUCAGUAAGACGGACCUUGUGGAUGAGGUGGACCGGCUCAAAACCACUGGUGGCCACAACCUGACUCCCCUCCAUGUACAAAUGCACACACCGACCCCCACCCGCACACCCUCCCAGACCAGUCACCACCAGAAAUCGGUCACCUCCCCAGGACAGCAACAGAAUGAUGGAGGGGAAAAGAAAGGAAAGGAAGAGAGAAAGAAGGCAGCAGAAGAGGCUCGGGAGCUGAGCAGCUGUGUAUCAGAAAUGGAAGACUGUCUAAAGGGCGUACUGUCUCAGGUGCUGGAGGUUGAGAUGAAGGCAGCCUAUGAAGAACUAUGGACUGAGAUUGUAUAUUUAAAACCACCCUGGACACUUGGAAAUCUCCUGCAGUGUUUCAAGAAACACUGGAUCGCUAUCUUCGGUAACAUUGUCCAACGCAAUAUACAGCAAUCUGUGGAAAGUCUUCACAAGUUCUUCUCAGGUACAUCAGUAGAGCGUUGCUCUACAGUGUUGGCUCUUUCUGAGGCUAGGAAGCUGCUUCAGGCCUUUGGCUGCAGGUCAGACUAUGGUGGGCGUGUCCAACCUGCUCUCUCCACCUUGAAGGCUCUGCUGCCGAGGAUACUGCCCCAGCCAGAGGAACCCUCAGAAGAGACCCACACCAGUGAUUGUGACACCCUCAUGGAAGAAGAAGAAGAGCACAAGGAAGAGAAACAGACCACAACCCCACAGGUGUCACACCAGGAAAUGUGGGUGCUGUUUGAGAACGUAUGGAACAACGUUUGCCGAGUUAGCUCUGCUGUGUUCGAUGCCCUCCGCUUUGACCCCAGCUCGUUGGAAACCAGACAGCCAAUAGAGGGCCCCCCCCCACCCCAGGAUGCCCUCUCCAGUCUGUAUCAACUAUGCAGUGCCAUCAGAGAACUUCUUCAGGCCUUUACCAGGGUUUUGUCAGCAGAUAGAAAUCUUGACGAUGCCCAGGCUCUCCUCUCCUUCAUCCACUCCAGUGAAAUUGCCGCUGUGGAGCCUAGGUUCACUGCCAGUGACCUUUUGGACUGUCUUUCACAGCCCCAGUACAGGGAGAUGCUGUGCGUUGGGGUGACCCAGUUGGCAGAGCUGAAUAUCAGUCUGGAACGCUGCGCCGAGGUCACUUCCCGGGAGGUUGCACACAGCACUCGGCCCUGACUGGACCAGGAUGUUUGGACCUACAAAAACAACUAGAGGCCUCACAUCAGAUCACUACUCGACAACCUUACUUGAAGCCACUGUUAUGUCAUAUGGAACAUACCUGUAUAGAAUAUUUCAAUGAAAUUGUUUCUGGAUGUUGGUAUGUUGCUUUUGUUUACACUCUCUAAGUGGAAAGGAAUCAUGGGCAUUGAAGUGAGCAGACAGAUAAUGCUUCAUAUAAUGCUCUUCCAGCACUUUUAACAGUAGCCAUUUUAUGCCACUAGAAACCUCCCCUCCCCAGCUGGGAGCCAAAUGUUUUUUUAUGACAAUGAUUUUACCAGUUAAAUGUUCUUAGACAUCUCAUUCACAGCAACAACCAGAGAGCAAUUAGACUUAGCUGUCUUUCUCAGGGAGAGAACAAGAUGAUUUUUAACCUUGUCUUGGGGUUUAGAACAAGCAACCUUGUGUUUACUGGCUCAGCGCCCCUUGAAAGGUUGUGCUGUCUUAUGAUGUGGUGGCUCCUCAAUAGAGUUACGAUAUCAGUCUCAGUUCCUAAACUUCUACAGAAACUAUUUAACACAGCUGGAUGGAAGGGAUGGAACAGUGCUCUGUAGGCUAUUAUCUUUUGUAUUACUAUACUGACAAAUAUGCAACUCGUUUUACUGUGUUUGUUGGUUUGGGGUGUUGUUCAUACGUUUUUCUAAACAAGAAGUCUUGAUCUGAACACCUUGUAGGACUGCAAAAACAGCAGAAUAUUCUUUAGCUAGCAAUUUUACCUUCUGUGUAAAUAGUUUAAUUAAAGCAUAGAUUUUAGUUUGAACAAAAUGUUAUCUUAUGACAGUUUGAUUUGACUGCUAUUGUUGCAUCAUUUUUGUCAUGUCUCAUAGGGUCUACAGCAGGACACUGUUAGGUGGGGAGUAAUUAGUGUAGAAUAUUUUGAUGCCAGACUUACCACUGGUGUGCAUAAGCGCUAAAAUGUUGGUAUCCAAUAAAUGUAUGUGCCUUGA